AUGCAGGCUCCCAUUACACCUCCAGAAUCUGAAAAUCUUACAAAAACACACUAUAAAUGUGCCGACUGUAACCUGCCAAUUCAAGAUCUAACGCAAACAUUUGAGAUUGAUGUUCUUGGAUCGUGGUUCCACAUUGACUGCUUCAAAUGUUCAUCGUGUCGUAGGCGGUUUGGAGAUGAUUUGCCCUAUGUUCCACACCUUGGAAAGGCAUUUUGUGAAAUGGACUACGAAAAAUACUUUUUGGAAUCGUGUGCAGCAUGCAAAAAACCCAUUACUGAUGGCAGUGUAGCACGGGCAUUUGGCCAGAGUUUUCACGAGCGUCAUUUUAUAUGCUCAGUUUGUCGAUGCCAAAUUCAACCUGGGCGUCAUUUUGAACACAGACAAAAGCUAUACUGUCAAAAAGAUUUUAGUCGACUUCCAUCUGUUGAUUGUGCCAGUUGUCGUGGUCCAAUUCAGGGUGAUAGCAUUCACGCAAUUGGUGCAGUGUAUCAUCGACAGUGCUUUAGCUGCACACAUUGUCGUGUACCAUUCCCUGAUAAACGGUUUUUUGUGUAUGAAAACAAACCCUAUUGUCAGACCCAUUACCAUGAAAAGAAUAACUCGUUGUGUGGAACCUGUAGUCGCCCAAUUGAAGGUAUUUGUGUAGAUGUUGCUGAACUGAGACGCAAAUUUCAUCCUCCCUGUUGGUGUUGUGCAUACUGCAACCGUCCACUGACUGGCGUGUAUUAUGCUUACGGCUCACGAGCAUACUGUGAAGAAGAUAUCGAUAUAGUAUAUCGUUCAGGCAACACCAAACAAGCGCCUACAAAGCGUCGAACAAUCAUGUCAGUCAUGCGAUAAACCAUUUGAACAGAUCCAACAUGGGACAAGCGCACGGUAUACCUGUAUCAGUCUAGGAUGUACUGCUCUAGUUUAUCUUACCAGUCUGACCUACAAAUGAAAGUUUAUUCAACAGUCGUAUU